UUUUAGUAUGCGAGUUACUUCGUUCAAUAGAAUGGAAUGUAAAAAUUUCCGUUCAAAGCGGCAGGCUUAACUUUCGACUACCUGCACGAAGGUUGUUACCGCGCAUUGGUUUCCUUCGGUGAAUGGCACUUGUAGCUCCUAAAGCUCUCCAAGGGCUGUACCUGUUUUGUGAACCUCUUGCCGAAGGAUCAUUUGGCGUCUUGUACGUUGCACUUCACGCAGUUACACGACAGAAGGUUGCUAUCAAAAUACUGGAUAAGAGGAAGCUCGGGUCUGAUGCAUAUCGAGUCAAGGGUGAAAUAGAAGCUCUCAAACAGCUUAACCACAAAUACAUAUACAAGUUAUAUCAAGUUGUGGAGACUCAGACACACUAUUACCUUGUUUUGGAAUAUCUUCCUGGUGGAGAGUUGUUUGAUUAUAUACUUCAGAAAGAGCACUUGUCUGAGGUUGAAGCUCGCGUCAUAUUUAGGCAGAUUGUUUCAGCCAUAGGAUAUAUUCAUAGUAGAGGCUUUGCUCACCGUGAUCUAAAGCCAGAAAAUAUUCUGCUGGAUAAUGAUCAGAACGUAAGAAUAAUUGACUUUGGAUUAUGUGCAAAGGGUCAUAACCUCUCAAUGCUAAACACAUUUUGUGGAUCAUUUGCUUACGUAGCUCCAGAAGUUUUGGCUAACAAGGAGUAUUCAGGAAGUGCUGCAGAUAUUUGGUCUUUGGGUGUCAUUCUCUACGCAUUACUUUGUGGUCGUCUACCGUUUGACCCUACAAAACCGGAAGAGCUCCCACAAAUAAUUGGUAAAGGUUUGUUUGCAGUUCCUGAUGGUCUUAGCAAAACUAGCAAACAACUUCUUAAUCAAAUGAUAUGUGUUGAUCCCAAGAAGCGUAUAAAAAUGGAUGAACUCAGACGUCAUGCGUGGGUGGUUGAAGGCUUUAUGGGUCAUCCUGUGGAUCUGGAUGAAGAAAAGAUACCGUUAUCGCCUCUCAACAUGCAAAUUGUCGCUGAAAUCACUGCAUACACUCGGAUUCCAAAAGUGGAGCUUGCUCGGAUGUUGCAAAAACGUCCGUAUGAUUAUAUUAUGGCCACUUAUAUGAUAAUGGAAUCAGUUUUGGAGGAGGAGGAUGUGUUUAUCCGACUUCAACGCCGCAAUAAUCCACCUCCUAGUGCAGUACCAUCCAAAAAGCUUCAUACAUUUUCUUGUCGUCAAGUUCGAGAUGAAAAAUUUUCGGCUUCAGCCCCAAGUAGUACCCCACUACACCGUGGAAACCUGACUGUCCCAUCAUCGGUACCCGGAGCCCCUUUGCAUGUUAGAUCUGGCAACUUAAUGCAAGCUGCUUUUAUUGAUGAAUCCAGUACCUCUGAUUUACUUAUCGAAGCUGAAAAAAGUGCCAAGCUCAAUUCAUCUUUCUCUCCAUCUAAACAUGAUAUUUUUUCAACUCAAAAUAAACACAGAACUGGUCAUACUAAAGGUGAAAUCGAAAAUUGUCCUCCUCAGUUAUUUUGCACUGAUAUGGUUCCAGUGAAUAAAGUGAACCUUCAAUCUAGAGGUAAAAUUACCGAUCAUCCUGGUUUAUCUCCCAGUCGUUCCGUUGACUCUCAGCUCAUUAAUUUGACGCAUGAUUUUCACAACGCACAAUUGAGUGAAAAAAGACGUCCUAUUUCGGUAACUGAAGCUACUAGUGAGGAUAACUUAUCUACCGCUUACUCAUCGUUGUCAUCGCAAUUACAGCAUGAAAUAGCAUCUCUCCACUCAAGUCCUGGCGUCGUUGGUGAUGAUUUCUCACAGUCCCAAAGUUCAGCUGAUGAAUGUGGAACAAGUUCAAGUCGUGUCCCUGAAGUUAGUGGUUGGCGCAAUUUCGGGCGUCUACGAAAAGCUCUUACUCCAAAAAACGUCGUGCCAGAUGGCCGGCUUGUUGUAGAUCGGUUACGAAAAACGCGUCAUUUAAACAAUGUGUUAAUUGUACGAAACGACUUGAGUCCUGGUCAGGUAUUUGAUCAAAUAACUGCAGCGUUAAAGCAACAGUCCAUACGCUUUACUCUUAAAGGGUUUGUCCCAAAACAUUUGUUGAAUUUUUGUGUCAUUCGUUUUGUUGACUCAGUUAAAAAUCUCUUCUUAUUUUAGAAGUUGUUAGUUUGCUCUAAGAAAGACUAUAUUGGUUGAAAUUUAUUAUUUAUUAUUUAAUGUAACUUCUUUAGAAUUGAUAACUUUAUAAACGUACUGCUUGCAUAGCCGAAUUCUCGAAAUUUUCUAAAUAUCUUCCCAUAUUGAAUCACUAAUAUUAUCCGUAAUCAUAAUGCUAAAUAUUUUCUGGCAAAAUCAUUAAACUUGCGAUCUAAAAGUUAAAUCAUUAAUUAACUUUCUACUUUUAAGACUAAGAAUGAUUAUGAGUUGUUAUUAGUUGCAGAGUGUUAAAUUUAGGCUAUUGAAAAAUAAUGAAUUUUAUAAGAAUGUAAAAAUAUAGUGAAGUAUUACUGUAUCACUGUGUUUUCAUGAUUUCAUUAUAUCAGUCUUAUAUUUGCCUUCCAGUAUACCUUCUGUACUGGCGAACAUAGUAAGUUUUUCUUUCGCAGGCUAUUGGAAUUGUAGAUCCGCAUUCAAACAACAUUUUUUCUAUAGUCAGUUUCACAAAGAUAUUCAUUUAUAAAGCUGAAUAUUAUAAAUCCAAUAUCUUUUUCUAUUCCGAGUAGAUCUGGCUUCCUGUGCGUUUUC